GUGCAUCCGGUCGUACGAUAGCGUACGUACACCGGGAUUUAUUAACACACGCGGUCGUCAACGAAUGGCAGUCGCGAGCCGCCGGCGUCCUCGCCCGAUUGCCGAUCGAUUCGCCGACGCUCCGCGCUCGAUCGCUGCAUUUCCGAAAUCCGGCGAGAUAUGUCCUCGCCUCGCGUUCAGCGAUUCCCGCCGCCGUGAAAUUAGAGUAACAGCGUCGUGUCGUUAGGGAGGAGUGUAUGGCGUGCCUUUAUAUUUGCCUGUGAUGUGUGUGUGCGCGCGCGCGAUGUUAGUCUAGCGUAUGCAUGUAUGUGUGUGUGUGUGAGUGUGUGUCGCGCCUGCCUGUGCAGUACAUAUGUAUGUACGCACCCAUAUAUCUCGUUCUCGCUUAUGCGUGUGUGCCCGUCUGUAUGUGUACGCACGAAUAUUGUUGUUCCGCUGCAGACCUAUGCCAGACAGCCAUAUUGUAAUUUUUUUUAACUCUACCUCUCCGCGUUAACCUAGCCUCCGGUCCCUUUUGUUCGAACGCGCGGCUCGUUCGCGUUGUUCGCGAUCGGGUGGUGCGCGCGGAUUCCGACGGUCGGUCGAUUAGACAACGACGAUCGCCCCCCUUUUUUUUUCGUGGACGAUCGCCCUUUUCUGAUCGCCGCGCGCCGCUGGGAAAAUCGGUGGCGCGGAGAGCUUGGCCGCCCGCGAGGCCGGAGAAGCGUCUUUGUCUUUGUUCUUCCGAUGACGUUCCCGCGUUCCACGCGCACACUGCCGCUCCGCUCCUGCCCGCGACGCCGCCUCUCGCCUCCGGAGGACGACGCGUAUUCUUCCCGCGACAGCUGAAAGGGGCCGGAGACCGUACCGCUCCGGCGGCCGCCACCGCCGCGUUCGGCAACACCUCGGAUCCCCGUCACUCGUUUCGUUAAUUGCGUCCGUCCGAGAAUAACUCGCAGGGAAAGAGGCCCUUCGCGCUCCUUCCCCGAACCCGUUCCCAGGCGACUUGUCCUGCGUGCUUGAACUGUAAUCAUGGAAUCUGGAAGUAACCUGCCCAAUCCGGGCACUUAUCCCGGUGGGGAUCGCCAACAGUUCUGUGUCUCUUGGAACUCCCAUCAAUCGAACAUGCACAGUGCGUUUCCAAAGUUACUCAGCUCGGAGCAGUUCGUCGACGUGACUUUGGCCUGCGACGGUGGCUCGAUAAAGUGUCACAAGGUUGUGUUGUCCGCCUGUAGCGACUACUUGGAGCGCUUACUGCUGGAAAUACCGUGCACCCAUCCUGUCAUCUUCCUGAGGGACAUGAAAAUGUGGGAGCUUCAAGCUCUGGUUGAAUUUAUGUAUCGUGGAGAGGUGUAUGUCGAGCAGCAGCAGCUUGCUACAUUGAUGCAAGCAGCGGAGGUUUUGCAGGUUCGUGGCUUAUCCACUCAGGGAAGCGAUAAUUCGGCGAAUGAGAGCAAUACACAAUCAGGCGAUUCUAAUGCACCUGUCACCCCAUCAACUCCUACUCACGGUGACAGCAAUUUUAAGGCGGAUACUUCGUCUAACGAUGGAAGCACCUCUGACUUCCUCUCAUGCACGCCGAUGGCUAGCACAACAGGAAAUAACUCGUCCACUAUUACUCCUCCCGUCUCACAUAACCCCAACUCCUCCAACUUCGUAAACAUGGAACACAGCGAAGCGCUGCAACAUUUAGAGAAGGCUCUCAGCGCUUGUGAAGCAACUCUGACCGAAACUCCGGGUAUGGUAAAAAUGGAGCCCGAUGAGCAGUUCGUACAACAGCAGGAUGUCAAACCAUAUUCCAUUAGUAUGGUAUCCAGUAAUAAUUGCAGUAAUAAUCCUAGCAGCCCAUUCCCCGCGAUCGAAGGUUAUCAAAGACGACAAAGGCGUUCGGAAGAAGAACUCAAGCAAGCUUCGGACAUGGUGGCACGCGGCAUGACGUUUCAAGUAGCCUCAGAAAAGUACAAGAUACCGAUCAGCACGAUUCGCUUCUACAUGGUCAGAAAGGGCAUUCUGCAGAGGAGAAAACGCGGUCGCGGCUCCAGUAAUCUCAGUAUGAACAGCCAACCGAGUAGUCCCGUCAGUCCACCGUAUCAGAUGAUGAAUUAUCGUUUGCCAGAGAGCCUAAAUUCCAGCCUACAGUAGUGCUGUACAAAGAAGUAGUGAGUUUUUUAGACUUCAGUUUUGAAUCGGACAAAUUUUUUAUCGCCACAUCAUAGAGCUGUUCCAGACCGUCUCGUCGAUUUUUAUACUUUAGCUCCUUUACUAAGUAUUUUAUUUUUCUUUUUUUUAAUUUUAUUUUCAGCUCGCAUCUCAUUAUUCGUUUGUACUCGUAGUGGCGCGUUUGCGCGCUGAUUUACAAGACUUCUAUGUUCACAGCAUGUAAUGUAUUUCUGCAUUUACGCCAUUACCGAUCCAGUGUGCAUUCUAGAAAUAUAAUUUGUGUCUCGAACAGCUCCGCUCCAUGUAUAUACAAAGAAGAUACCAUAUGUAAAAGUUCGGACACAGCAUUAAGUUAAGAAACUUGCAGACGAUCGUGUCUUACACCAUGUUUAUGUUGAAUUCAGUGUCCUUAGAAAGACUGCUUGAAACCCAGUUUUUUUUUUUUUUUUUUUUAAGUACAAAGAUACUGGUUAUUAUAGAGUGUAUUGGAGUACGAUCGUAUACUUACAUGUAUUAUAAUAACGCUAUGUAGAGCCAGUGGCAAGUGACGCAGAUGAUUUUCUCGAUGUAAUUCUCGGUUCGCCUCUUGUAUGAGAUUCGCGAAUAGUGUGAACGGAUGAUUCGUUUACCAGUAGAGUGAUUUUUUGAUAAAACUAAAAGGCGCGAAUCAUUACGAAUCAUGAUCAUUUCUAUAUAGUGCAUUAUAUAAACAAAUUGGAUAGGAUGGUAGAUGAUGAGAUGGAUAGCUUAGCGAUACAGAACAGUUAUUUAUCAAAUAAAAGAGAAAGAGAGCAGAUUUGUUUUUCGAUCCUGUCGUUUGGCACAAGUUAUUUUUCGAGUUUAUUAUUCUUCUAAAACUAAAAAACGCAAACAAAAUAAAAAAAAAAUUCGGUUGUAUUCUUCGGAAAAUUCAGAGCUGAGGAAGAAUAGGAACGUCUUUCUUAUACUAUCCCGCUAAUACGUUCACUUUCUUCGAUUUCUUUGAUAUCUGCUACAUCUUCCAAGAUCUUCUACCGUUUGGAAGGUAUUGUAUUUUUUUUAUUUUUAUUCUUUUAAGCGUAUUUUUUCAGACAAUGAAUUUUCGCAAAUCUACUGCAAAUUGUGAAUCGAGAAUUGUGUCAUGAAUUUAUGCUAAUGCUAUUUAUGAUAUGGCAUUAGUGUUAAGAGGCAGCCUAUUUUGAAGUUUUUGGAAUUUUUUCUUAAAAUUAAUAACAUAUAGAGGGUCAAAGUGAUUUGCAAUACUGUAACACUAUUGUUUCAUCAAAAUGUUGAAUAUGAAGAGACUUCGAUCUCAGAAAAUGAAAGUUGAAAUUUUUAAAAUGACUGCUUUAAAGUCAAAUUUGUUACUUUUAUUUAAACUUAUUUUUAUAUAAGUUUUUUAUUUUUAUUUUUUUUAUAGAUUUAAACUUUUAACACAAUUACGAAAAUCAUCCAAAAGAUUUCAAAUUAAAAAGAGUUAAUUGAUUUUUAUCUUGAGAUGCAUCGAUUUAAAAAAAUCAAGUCGCAAAAAAACAAUUUUUGAAAAAAUUCUUUUUUUAAAACUUUAAAAUAAGCUGCCUUUUUAAUGUUUGUUCUCGGUACAAAUGCGACAUUGUGCGAGAACUCCAUCCGUCAUCCAUCAUGAGUUAAUAUUGAAAAAUAUUAAUUCCCUAUUUAUAAGUGCUUGUUGUAACGGCGUCAUACUUAUAUAAGGGAAAUGACACUAAAGAUCAAAACGAGUUGAUUCGAGCGUUGAACAAAUAUGUUUAAAAUCUUAUUAUUUUGAGACUUUUUUAUACGCAGGAUUUGUAUGUAAGCGCACUUAAUGAGAAGUUUCAAUGACGAGAAUACGAGUUGUAUAGGAUAUUCAUAUAUAUAUAUAUAUAUAUAUAUAUAUAUAUAUAUAUAUAUAUAUAUAUAUAUGUAUCUAUGAUAAGAAUUCCUUCAUGCUGUGGACGAACGCUACGCGUAUGGUUGAUUAUCAGCCGUGUUCCGUUCUUCUACUUAGUGACCGAUGUAGCUAGCCCAUAUGGAUAAUAUGAGAUAUACGUUUUUGAAUCCUGCAUCGAUAUAACAAGAUAAAGUAACAAAGUGCAGUUCAAAAAAGAAGAAAAGGCAAAAAAAAAGAGAAAAAGAGAAAAAAGAUUGACUAUGUCAUAUAACCGAUAUUUUUUUAAUGACCUUGAAAUGUUUUGACGGGAAAGCAUUCGUAGCAUAAGUUAUUUUUUAUUACAUCAUAUUUAUAUAUUCAGUUAUAAGCUCGGCUUGCUCUCGUUAAGUUAUCUGUGGCAUCUGUACACAUGUACGUAUUUACUGAGUAUUUAUCUUUCUGUAUUUUUAACUAAGCCCCACGGAUGGGGAAAGAGAUUCUUAAUUACGACACGCUUUAUACCCGCACCAGAGUGACGCUUAAAGAUCAAAAAUGUAUACAGUUAUAGAAAGAGACAGGAGGACUUGUCCAUGAUGAUCGAUUAGUCACUAUGUUUAAGACUGGUAACACGUGGCUAAUAUAACCAGAUUAAAGUCUUAGACACACAGCAAUCCUCAAUCUAUUAUAUAAAUAUUUUUGUAGGCACUUUGUCGAGGAAGGUUUCUUCUUUCUGCCUUUAUUCUAUAUAUACCUUGAUAACUUAUACAGUAAGAGGAACCGGUAUUUAUUCAAAGUUUACCAUUUAGCUUUGUUGAACAUCACAAGAGAUAAACGAUCAUGACGUAUGGUAGUACUGUAAACGCUUUUUACAUGCAUAGUGUACAAAAUAACAGCAUUCGUAAUUGACGAUAAGAAUUACCUGAUGUCUGUAAAAAUCGUCGAAACGCCAGUCUCUCGUCGCUUUUUACGGACACUGGUUCUGCCUUUUCAAAGAAGUUUAAUUGUGUGACAACAACUGUGGCGCGCAUACAAUGUAAUUGUACGAUGUAUUGCCUUUGUUAAAUAGCAUUUUGGAUAAAGCCAUAUUUUUCCAUGCAACGCAAUAAUCCAGCAAAAUAAAUUACAGUUAAACUGAGAAGCAGCCUAAAAUAGGAAAGAGUGCCAGAUACAAAACAAAAAAGUGGGAUAUGAACAAUAACACAUAGAAGAUAAAGUUUAUCUAUCACUUAGAGUAUGUAACUGCCUUUCUCUGGCCUCAUACUGGAUCAUUAAUUUAUUUAUAUUAGACAAUAUACAAAAUACAUGUAAAGAGGGAAAAAGAAACUAAUCUAACUUAGAAGGCUUGUUAGAGCUUCUAUUAAUUGCAGUAAGACUGCUGCCAUCCGACUGACAAACACAUUUUCAAGAAGCUGAAGUUGAACAUUUUAUCGAGACAUAUGUCACAGAUCUUACAUAAAUGUAUUUAUUCUCAUUUAUCAUUUCUUUAUUAUCUGCGAUUAUUAUGUAUUUAAAAAGACACUCGAUUGUCUCUGUACAUGUUUCACAAUAUAUCGAGAUAUAUCGAAAAAGUAAGAGAAAAAGGAAAAAAAGAACAAGUCGCAUAUUCGAUAUUGUGAUGUUAACGCAAACCUAAAAACAUGACUUGCAAUUGUUGCCUGUUGUAAUGUCCAAUGAGAGAGUUGAAUUAUAAUGACUUACUCGUAUAUAGCAUUCUUUCCAGCAAGGAGAAUCGGUAUCGUGUAAAUCAUUAUUCUAAGAGUUCCCAGUUGACAAAGGUUUUAUACGGAUCUAUUAAACCAGUAUUUCAAACCAAUGAAAAAUAAUUAGUUUUCUAAUAAUAAUAAUAAUAAUAAUAAUAAUAAUAAUAAUAAUAAUAACAAUACAAUUUUAUGUGAAUUUAGUACAGUGCUUAUAAGUCAGUUAAUGCUCAGCGUAUCUAACAGAUAUUUUUAGUAGAACACCGUGUCAUACUCACAUGUAUCAUAACGUCUUAAAGUAUGUAACUAAACCACAAUCAAAGAAGUGUGAACGAUACUUAAUGACUAUUAUCAUAAUAGCCACUUAUGAUAGCAGUAAAUAGGUAGCCACUUUGAGGCAGUUUAUAUUAUAUUUAAUUACACUGUAAUUGUUUGGUCUCCGUUUGUACGAUGGUAUUAUUAUUUGUAGAUAGCAUCAUAACUCUAGAGUGAUUGAACCUCGAAUCAUUUAUUUGUAAGUCUUUUUUACAGUUACCGAUUAUCUAAUUGAUUAAAUAGGCAAUGCAAUUAAAACAAAAGAAAAAGAAGGAAAAAAGACAGGACACACAGAUAAACACGUGACAUACAGAGAUCUGUUCGUUUAAUUAAUGCGAUUAAA